ACAGGGCAAUUCUGGCAUGUAUCUGACCUACAUUUAGAUCCGACUUACCACAUUACCCCUGAUCGCACCAAAGUCUGUUCUUCUUCCAAAGGAGCCAAUGCCUCCAACCCAGGCCCUUUUGGGGACUUUUUGUGUGAUUCUCCUUAUCAACUUAUUUUGUCAGCAUUUGCAUUCAUGAAGGAUUCAAAAGAGCAGGUUUCAUUCAUGAUUUGGACAGGAGAUAGCCCUCCUCAUGUUCCCAUAAAAGAGCUCUCAACAAAGUUGGUCAUCAGCAUCAUUGGUAAUCUGAGUUCUACAAUUCGUAGUUUCUUUCCAGAUCUUCAGGUUUUUCCAGCCUUAGGCAAUCAUGACUACUGGCCACAGGACCAGCUUCCUGUAACUACCAGUGAAGUUUACAAUGCUGUAGCAGAUUUCUGGAAACCUUGGCUAAAUGAUGAAGCAAUCAAUACCUUCAGAAAAGGUGGCUUCUACACACAGUUGUUUGAACCCAGUAAUAGCCAUCAACCACUCAGGAUAAUCAGUCUGAACACAAAUUUGUAUUACAGCCCCAACAAGGCAACUGUGAAUAUCACAGACCCAGCCAACCAGUUUGCCUGGCUGGAGGAAAUACUUGAAACCUCUUCACAAAAGAAGGAAAAGGUGUAUAUAAUAGGUCAUGUCCCAGUAGGAUAUUUGCCAUAUGCAAGGAACACUACAGCUGUCAGGGAGUAUUACAAUGAGAGGCUGGUAAAGAUUUUUCGCAAAUACAGUAGUGUUAUUGCGGGCCAGUUUUUCGGACAUACACAUAGAGAUAGUAUCAUGGUCCUCCUGGAUGAAGAAGAAAAGCCAGUCAAUUCCUUGUUCGUGGCACCUGCUGUAACCCCAGUGAAGGAUGUAUGGCAAAUAGAGUCCAAUAACCCUGGUGUCAGACUGUAUCAAUAUGAUCCUUUUGACUAUAGCUUGCUGGAUCUUUGGCAGUUUUACUUGGACCUCAGAGACGCCAACAAGAAAAACGAAUCGAACUGGAAAUUAGAAUACAUCCUGACUGAAACUUAUGGCAUUGAAGACUUGAAGCCAGAAAGCCUAUAUGAAAUGGCCAAGCAGUUGUCUAUGCCACACAGCACACUGUUUGAGCAGUAUUACAGUAACUAUAUUGUGAGUUAUGACAAAACUAUUCUCUGUGAAGAGGGGUGCAAGACCUGCCAAAUAUGCUCAAUCCUCUAUUUAGAUUACUCCUCGUACGCAGAUUGCAUCAAUCAGGGGGCAAUGUGGAGAUGAAAUCUCUGUGCAGUUAAUGCAGAUAGUGACUUUAGCCUGUGAUUUAAAGAACCUGCUUCUUCUUUCGCUCAAGCACUAACAUGCUUGAGCCUGUGGGACUUCUCUACAUUUCAGGGGAGAGGUAAAAUUCCCUAGAUCUUUCUUUUUGCAAAUAUGUUUUCCUUUAUCAUCUGAAUAAAAAUUUAUUUGCUAUGUUGUAGUGGCCAGAUACUUCGCUUUGCCUCAGGUGUCCUGUACCCUCUGUAACAGGCAUCCCAUUGUGUUGAAAUAGAAGUUACUCAGGUCUUUGUAAAUCCGAGUCUUAUUUCUCAGGGUGUAUAAACACAGGCAAUGCCAUUUCAGGCUUGGAUUUUUUAUGGGGGCAGGUUUCAACCAAUGGCUGUCAAAAUUUGCAAACUGAAGUCGACAAAACCUGCAUUUGCUGAGACUUGAGUGCAGUUAUGUUGUUGAUGCAAUGCCAGUAUUAGAUAUCUCUCUGUGCCAAGUUUUCCUUGUUAAUCCCUGAAACCCAUUUCUUAGGGGCAUUUUCUAAUGAUGGCAUAAAAGUGACUUAAUGGAAUACAAACCUCGAUUCUGUAAAUGCUUAAUCUAAUUUUUCAGAAUAUGUUUGCCCAGCACAGAGUGCUUUUUUCUGACAAUAGAACUAUGUACAUUGAUACAGCUGUCAAGGACUGUCCUGGUAAGAGAUUUUGCAGCAGACCAUAUAUCAGAUUUAAAUUGAUCAACAACAGUAAUUGGACUCAGUGUAUACAUUGUCUGUGGCACAGGUAAACAUUUACUUGUCUUGCUGUUUCUUAGGUUUUCUUUCUUCAGAAAGCAGUCUAGUACUUAAUGUGAAGUCUAUCACAUGUUCAAAUUUACAAUUGCAGAGAUUGCUUUUUCCUUUUCUUAUGGCUACGUAUGUUCACAAGAUGAUGCUAUUAAGAUAGCCCUUUAUCUGCUGUGUGUAUAACCAAGAAGGACCUUUACCCAUUUUUCUGCCACACAAAAAGCUAUACUUUUGGAAACUUUGGUAAUAAAAUACAACACAGACCAUGCUCUAUAUUAUCCCUGAGUAAGGGGAGCUUUAGAAGUGGCUAUGGAACAAAUCCAAUUGAUGGGUUUUUUAUAAUGAGAUUAAAGCCUUUACUGCAGCUGUUGAGGAACUUCCUGGGUUUGUUUCUACUCAAGCUUGAAAUAUUCAGCAGAAAAUUUGCAGAUAAAUUUUUGGAGUCUGUAGCAUCCACAACUGUAGAUGCAGAUACUUCAGAUUUCUCAUGCAUCAGUCAUCCACAGAGGAAAUGGUUGGUUUGUUAAAUUUGCCUUCAGAAACAAAUCCUCCAGUGCACAGCAGGCAGUCAUGUAUUUUAGAUUCGGUGCUUGGAGAAGAUAAUGGUGAGCAUGUAAACUCUUUAGUUAUCUGCUCUGCCUGGCCUGAAAUGGAUCUGGAUAUGUAAAUAACCUAAAUUAACGUGGGCGCUGUACAGACUGUGAGUGUACAGAAUGUGAGGAAGUGCCAUAAAGUUUCCGUUCUGAAAGCUGA